AUGCCAGCUGCGGCUGCAAAGGGGACAAAGGUCUAUGCCUUUUUGACCUUCCACGUGAGGACGGGUAGAUUAGCAGCCUUUUGUGAUGCCUGUGCAGAACUCCUCAGCGCUUCAACCAAUGAUGUUGGGCGUGUGAGGAUAGCGCUUCAUCGAGAAUUGCCAUGGGCUCGGUCUAUGUCAAACGAGGAGUUUACCCUUUUCAUGAUGGAGCAGACUUGGGCAUGUGGUGCUGACUUGGAAAAGCAUACCUGUUCUCCACAUGCCGUGAAGUUCAAUGAGGCGAUCCUGAAGCAGAGGAUGCUGGCCACUGAGCCGAGCGUGAGCAUUUUUGGUGAGCCCUUAACGACCACCCAACUCGCUAAGCUGGCUGCAGAGGCCUCCGCGCAAGAAGCAGCAGAGGCUUCUCUGGCAGGUGAAGAGGUCAGCAACUCACCUGCUUUCCAUUGA